UCAGACCAGUAAUAUUCACAACCUACUUCGACAGUAUUUGUUUUGUUGCUGCUGAUGGAAUCCAGUCUCCAGAGAAGAUGGGAAAGAAAAGCAAUGAUUUAGGAAGGACGUGCCGAUUGUGUGGCCUUGGGGAGCAGUAUGCCACUAUUAUCAAAUUUGUGAUUAACUCAGUGACCACAGAGGGUACAAAGAGCCUGUCAUUGCUGCCUACAGAAGUAGAAAGCAAGAGAUUAAUCUCCAAGUGGAGCUGAGAGUCUGAUCCUUAAAAGGCAGAAAAUGGAUGGCCAUGUUGAGCAAAACCCAGUGGACAAACAGGCACCGGUGGAUUACGGAGUCCAAAUACGAUUCAUAGAUGACCUCAAGGGCACCAACAAAGUCAAGAAACCCAAGAAGAACUUGGCCAAAUCAGGAUCCUAUGGUGUUGUGGUGAGAGUCCAGGGGAUUUCUGGACAGCCGUUUGUGGUAUUGAAUAACAGUGAUGGUGCGCCUUCUGCGCCUGGGGCAUCAAGCAGAAUGGAUUAUGCCAGAGGUGGCAUCCAUGAAGGGAGCAGCGAUGCUCGACCUGGCACACAGAUGCAGAGAACAGCACACUCAAAAGCAAGUCAGUUUGAAGUGCCCGAAAACCCAUAUGGGGGCACCAUCUCAGUGCAGCCACAAUCUCACAGUGGCUCCCAGUGUACUAGCUCUGAUGAGGAGACUGGAUCCAAAUGUUACGCAAAUGUUUAUGAUUCAAAAAUAUAUGUGCAAAAUAACACAAACACCCUUCCAUACACACACGAUGAAGGUCACCUGUCCUUGCCACGUCGGAGGCCUAUGCACCAGGAAGAGCAGCUGAGAAAGUUUCAUUCUCAAGGAUCAUUGCUCAUUUCAGAUGGAGUAGAGCUUUCCAGAGAAAUUGGCCCAAACUACCAGUUUUUGCCUGAAGAAAGGCCAGGUUUUAGGAUCCCAAGCCCUGCUGCUUCAGCUGAUGGUGAGAGAUCUGUUAGCAAUUGGAAAGGAAAACAUCAUGACAACUUGGAUCAUAAGCACCUGGAGAAACCAUGGACUAAUACCGUAUCUAAUUCCACAAAUAUACCAAAGCCACUGGCCAAAGCUUCCUCUGUUACUGAUAUUUCAUUGAAGUCCAAUGAUGUCAUUGAGAUAGACACCAAGCCUCUCUCUUCUGUGGAUACGCUAAUUAGUAAAUUUGAUAGAAAAGGAGGGCAACAGAGAGGAAGAACAGCGCGGCGUAACAGGAUUUCCCCUGAAGACCGCAAGCGAUCACAAAGCCUUGAUAGAGAGCUAUACCCCUCCAGGGAAAUUGAGACUAACAGUCGGCCUGAGACCAGCUACCAAAAGCCUUUUCGAUCCAGUGACAUGAUGGAUAUUGGUAAAGACAUCGAACCUGCCAGUAUCUUUGAGGUAAAGUCGUCAGUGGUUUCUAGGGAGUCUUCCUCUCCCAUCCAAUUUGCACUGCAAUAUUCUUGUACAAAUAAAGGAUACACCACAGGAUUUCAGGACAAACUUGACAAGGAAUCAGGGAACCAUCCUUCUUUCAGUUCAGCCAGCCUCCCCAGGAAAUGGAACCAAAACCAAAUGGAAAUGGAACCCAGAGUGGAGAAGAAUCCAAAGGCUGCCAUCUUUGCUGAACAAGAUGUAGAGUUAAAAUGCACUCCUGACCUUUUGAAGGACCAGAAAGCACACUCACUUGCUAACGAGGAGCUUACAAAGCAGUUAAUUUUCAGUCUACUAAAGGAAGGGAGCAUUGAGAGUGACAAUUUCCUGAAGAAGAAAGCAAACCUUGUAUUUGACAAACUCCAAGGCACCAAAUAUGCAGAAUUAUCACCUGAUCUUAGGGGUGUUGCUGCGCAGAAGAAUGAUUUAGAGAAAAAGGUCGUAGAAUUGCAGCAAAAUUUUGAAGAAGAAUUAACAAAAUGUCAGCAGCUGAGAGCAGAGAAAGACCAAAACAAGUUGGAACUGCAGGACCUACGAAUCCAGCUGGAGGAGAAUAUAGAGGAGAGGACUCAGUUACACUCACUCUACCAGAAGAACAGAAAGGAACUCCAGAAUAACAUUGAAGAUUUGAAGAAAGUGAAGGUGGAGAAGGAUACAUUGGAAGCUGAAAUGAAAGAUUUGCAGGAAGAAAUGUCACUGUUGCAGAAAGAACUGAGAACGAUAAGGAAAUCUGCAGGAGGUGGUGGCGACCAAGAAACUUUACAGGAGUUGGCGAGAACGAAAGAGGAGCUGGAUAUGAUUGCUACUGCAAAACAGACAGUGGAAGACAUCUUAAGGCAGAAAGAAAGGGAGUUGACUGCCCUGAAAGGGGUUCUGAAGGAGGAGGUGAGCAGCCAUGAUAAAGCAAUGGAAGAGCUUACAGCCCAGUAUCAGAAGGAUAUGGAACAGUUGAGGAAAAACAUUGAUGAGGUGUCUCAGAAUCAACAGAAUGUGGAAUCUGAGAGGCAGAAGAUCAACUCAACAAUGAGGAACCUGCAAACGCAGCUCCAGGAAAGCAUGGAAGAGAGUAGCCAUUGGAAAGAGAUGUUCCAGAAAAACCGGGAGGAGUUGCGCAGCAGCAAGCAAGAACUGCUGCAGAUGAAGAUGGAGAAGGAAGAAUAUGACGAAGAACUUCGAGAUUUGCGGGAUCGUUACUCUACACUGCAAGGCGAGGUGGACCAUGUGAAGAAGACCUCGGUAGACAUUGCUGGGAUGGAGGCACUUAAAAAAGAACUGGAUAAAGCAAAGAAGGAACUAAAGGAGAAGGCUGCUUCCAGUGAGUACCAUGAGGCAUUAAUUCAACAAAAAGAGAAGGAAUUAAGUUUACUGAAGGAGGCACAUAACGAAAAGGCGGCGAGUCAUAGCAAAGUGCUGGAGGAGUUAAAACAAAACCAUCGCAGAGAAGUGGAGAUGCUUAAGAAGAACUGCGAUCUCAUGGCAGAGGAGAAAAUAAACCUAGUAAAUGAAAAGGGAGUUACAGAACAGGCGAAGAAAGCAGCCGAUUCUACUCUGAAACAAUUGAGGCAGGAUAAUGAGGACCUGAAGAGGAAGAUUUCUCAGAUGGACUUCCAAAUGGGAGAAUGCAAGGACAUGCUUGAAGAAUUUCGGUGCUCUGAAUCAAGGUUGAAAGACAAAAUAGCCAGGCUUGAGGUGGAGCGAAAGCAGAUGGAAGAGUCUCUGGGAGAAGUCACUGACCAGGAACAGGAAGCAGCUGUGGCAAAGAGAGUGUUGGAAAACCGUCUGGAAGAAACACAGCGGAACCUGAGCAGAAUGACCCAAGACUACCAAGAGUUGAACGAGCGUUUCCAAGAUGAGUUGAAGCAGAAGGAGCAGCUCAAGAAAGCAAAGAGUGAACUGGAAGAACAGAAGAGGCUUCGGGAAAAAAUGGUCGAAAAGCUCCAGAAAGAGAUAGAAGUAAUCUCUGAGCAGUCGGGAAGUUCAGUCGUUAAGCUGCAGUCUCAGUUGGAGGAGCAUCGAGAUAAGUCACGUCGCGAGUUACUUGAGCACCAGAGACAAGGGAAGGAGAAGACGCUGGAACUGGAAAAGGCAAAUAUGACCAUCAAAAGACUACAAGAUGAGAUUGGCCAUUUGAAACAGGAGUUGCAAGAGAGCAACGCUGAAAAGGAGAGUGCGCUGCUGGAUAAAGAUGUGCUGGGACAGAAGGUGCAGCACUUGGAACAGGAAAUGGAUACCAAGCGAAAGACCCAGGAUGACAAGUCCAGGCUGGCAAAAGUACUGGAGGAUAAAGUCAAGCGCCUAGAGCUGGAACUGGAAGAAGAGAAGAACAGUGUUGACCUUUCAGCUGAGCGAAUCAACAGGAGUAGAGAACAGAUUGAGCAAUUGAGGGGUGAGCUAAUGCAAGAAAGAGCUGCAAGGCAGGAUCUGGAAUGUGACAAAAUUUCUUUGGAGAGACAGAACAAAGAUCUGAAGACCAGACUGGCAAACAGUGAAGGCAAUCUGAAACCGAAUGCUAAUUUACCGCAGCUUGAAUCUCGAAUUAGAGAGCUGGAGGAUCAGUUGCAGUUGGAGGAAAGGGAGCGAAGCAUUUUGCAAACGUCGAAUCGUAAACUGGAGAGGAAGGUAAAGGAACUGACCAUUCAGCUUGAUGAUGAGAGACAGCAUGUCUCGGAUGAGAAGGACCAGCUGACCUUGCGAGUGAAAGCCCUGAAGCGACAAGUGGACGAAGCUGAGGAGGAAAUUGAGAGGUUGGAAGCUGCACGGAAGAAGAGUCUGCGGGAGCUGGAGGAAGUGCACGAGGCCAAUGAGCAACUACAGAGUCGGAUUAAGUCCUUGGAAAAAGACGUCUGGCGGAAAAAUACUCGUUCCAACAUGGAUCUAAAAGAUGAUGAUGACGACUUGAGUUCAGACGACGAUUUCGAAAGCACGUUCAAUCCUUCCUCCAUCAAGUCACUGAUUACUGAGAGCAAUUUGCAGACAAGCUCCUGUUAAACCUUUCUUUUGGAAGAUUUUCGCUAGUUCAGUAUGUCACUCUCUGUGGCUGGUGUGUACAGAAGGAAAUAAGAUUAUUUGCUGAAUCAUUUGACUACAGUAUCAUUGUCAGAAAUUCAGCAUGUAAAUGAUCUGAUUAUGCAAAGCUUUAAUCUGUCUUUUGGGAUCCACUUUUAGUAAAUGUACAAGACAAUCAUACAACUUAAAACCUGCUUUUGAUAGGAAUAUUGUAUUUUAAGGUUUUUGUUGGAACAAGUUUUUAUUCCCGUACCAUAGGGAGAUGAAUAAAGGUUUCGUCGUUUGGAUUUCUAGGGUUGAAAGCACUAAAGGAAUUGGAGCUAAAAGGGAGUCAUUCUAUGUGCAUUGUCUCUGAACUGCUUGAGGCUGCUUGUCACUGAGGUAGGCAGCCUUGACUGCACCCUGGCGGGUACAUUGUGUGUGUUGAAUUUGUGGGAUGAUAGAACCCACUGUAUCUGUUGACAGACCACUCAGAUCUAAUAGUCUCUCCCAUCGCUAUCCUGUUGUACAUAGUGAAAGCUGCUGUCUGCCCCCAUCUCCUUGUUGCACAGCUCUCUUGAGUGUUGUUUCCUCUCUGGUAUUGGUGGUUGCUGGUCAUUCACUGAGAAUCCACCUUGAAAUUAGUGUUGUGUAUAAAAAGAUCUUAAUAUCUUCCAGGCCCCCAGCACUAAGCCCUAAUAACCACAUUCCUCUUUUGAUUGUGUUUUCUACCAUAUCUGUGGAUGGGUUACUGUGUGUCCUCCUUGUAUCUGGAUAAAUCUAAUGAAACCCCUGUGCCUUGUAUAUCUAACUCAAGUGUUUGUGUAUUCUCCCCUUCAAUUGGUCAACUCUCUGUUCAUAUCACCAAUAUCAACCACUUUAUCUGAGGCUGCCUUUAUUCUGAAUUGCUGUGUCUUGAAAAUCUUUUCUACUGAGCAAGCUCUAGGUGUGGUGCCUCUCAGAUUCCUGUGGUUGUACUCUUUGAAGUACAAGUCUGAAGUGUUUUGCAAGCCUUUGAGUGAGAUUAUUUGUGACUGGUGUUUCUGUAAGUGGAAGUUGAUUGUCUGCAGAUGCUUGUAAAUCAUAUCUCUGCAAGUGACUGCAUGUAGGAGAGAGAAGGUGCAGAGGGAAAGAUUGAUUCCAUCUGCUUCUAACCAGGAAACGUCUGGGAUCAACUGAAAUCAGAAUACUAUAGGUGUAAUUAUGGGAAUUAUUUAAUAUUAUGUGUUUUGUGUUUCAGUUGGCAUAUUAAUGUUCCUUCAUUUUACCCAAACUCCCACCUUUGGACACAACAAGCAACCAUUGAUUGUGCUUCACGAGAUGAAGUGGCUUUCAGAAUGAAUGACAGGGAUUUUGGGAAGAAAGAUUACUGCAUUUAUAUAGCACCAUUCAGCCUAUUAAUUAUCAUGGAGUGUGGUUACUGUUUAAAUAGGAAAUUUGUGUAUAGUAAAUUCCCACAAACAAUAUGAAAAAUGGUCAGAUCAUGCUGAGGUAACUACAAAAUGAAUAUUAGUAAGGACACAGGAUAUCCCUCUAAAAUUAAAUUGUUCAAUCUUUGAGUGAAAAGGGUGAUGGGUUCUGAGUUCAACAUAAAUUCAUUAUUAAAGUACGUAAAUGUCACCAUAUACGUGAACCCUAGAUUCAUUUUCUUGCCUCUUUUGGUAUUAAGAGUGGGACAAGAUCUGCUCUCCACAACCACAUUUUCUUCUCCUCCCUAAUUUGUGCCUUCAACAGUAAUAGUACAACCAAUCAUACAGGAGUCAGUAGAAGCAGCUUGAGUAAGGGAGAGAAUAACAGCUUUUCAGAACUGUACAUGGCUCAUCAUGAAAGAUAUAACUGAAUAAUAUAUAAUGUGUUGCAUUUCACAACAUCCAGAUAAAUAUGACACACAUUAUGAAAGGCAGCUGUCCCUUCCAGAGGGUCUAUAAGUAAGGUCUGUGGUCUCAAAAUUAUGAGUUCGUCCAGUGAGGACGGGGAUGAAAUGAGGCAAUGUAUUUGCACCCAGCAAACUCUCACUAGCAGCAGUGUGCUAAUGAGGGUUGGUGGGUAAUGUGUUUCAGCAAUAUUAGUCUGAGAAUAAAUAUAGGAUAAGUCAAGUGAAAAUGUGCCUGUGGUGCUGUUGCAAAUAGGUUUUCUUUGAACCUGUGCAUACAUGUAAACUCAACUCUGAUUUUAACCUUUCAGGAAAGGAUUUGUUAUUAUAAUGAAUGAUUCCUUUGCACUCGCAUUAUUAAAAUAUUUGGGGCUGGUGCCUGCUUUGUUUCAUGUGAUUAGAAGGCCUGUGAAGUGACUCAGUGCCAAUCCAUGACCUCUGUCUGACCUUCCUGCCAAUAAUGACCCUGCAAUGGUAGUUCAGGGAUUUGUUUAUUCUCUUUGAGAUCAUAGACUCCUCCCCACAUCCCCACCUCCCCAUUUCAGGCAAGGUUCACGUGUCAAAACUAUCCCUAAUUCAAUGUAUGAUUAAUAGAGAAUUGCAAAAAGGAAAACUGCAGGGUCCUGAUGGGAAAGAUGAGUGAAACACCAAUUACAAUUUGGGGUACACACACAAAAUGCUGGAGGAAAUUGACAGUUACAAUGGAAAGUCAAUGUAUUGGGCCAAGACCCUUCAUCAGUGUGAAAAAUUGACUCUUUAUUCCUUUCCAUAAAUGCUGCUUGAGCCGCUGAGUUCAUCCCACGUUUUUGUGUGUGUUGCUCUGGAUUUCCAGCAUCUGCAGAAUCUCUUGUAUUUUUCAAUUACUACUUGGAAAAUGCAUUACAUCAGUCUCGCUAUUAAUAUUGCUUGGGCUCGUGCGUUGUCUUGUUUUUGUUUCAUGGUGAAUUAUGAGGUGAGCUGCCAUCAACUUUACAAAUGCCUAACAUCAGAAUCCUUAUUUUUGUAUUGUUAGUAAUGACUGAGGCACAACCAUCUUGCUGGAUGUUGCCUAGUUUUGUAAUUGUGCAAUAAUAAAGAAGGAAAUAAAAUUACCUCUAACACCUGGUAUAUAAUUUGCACUGGCUUGUACCCUAGCCAACAGAGUCCUCUGUGCUGGGGUAGUGUUUCACAUUGUCCCAGUGUAACCCAUCUUGUGUCUUCUAGGUCAAGAUCCUCCCUCUCAUAGGGAUGAGGUCUUCGGAGCUUCUGUUGGUAUCUCUGGAGCUCUGGGUUUUUACUGGAUGGGGAUGGGCUGGGUUGCUAGCCCCAUCUCCAAACCACCUCCUUUCAUAACCGAGCUUGGGACUGUCCAUGGUGGAGUUACAGGUUCUUUAGGGACUUUAAUGUCAAGAAAAUGCCUUUCUUAGGCUUAAUAUCCGGCUUUUCUCCCAUGCAUUCCAAAUCAGUUCUGAAACCUUAUUCAUCCUAUUUGAUGUUGCCGUUCACAAUUUCAUUAUCUCAUGAUUAAAUGAAGAUGAAAAUACAGACGUCAACUGGCACAUACAAAAUGCUGGAGGAACUCAGCAGGCCAGGCAGCCUCUGUGGAAAAGAGUAAACAGUCGACGUUUUGGGCUGAGACCCUUCAACUUCGACCUGAAACAUCAUCGGUAUUCUUGGCCCGUUGAGUUCCUCCAGCAUUUUGUGUGUAUUGGACUUUCAGCAUCUGCAGAUUUUCUCUUGUGUGAUGUCAGCUGACAAUGGUUCUUCCAAGCUUUUCAGUCAUACUUAAUUUUAGCCGAUGAACACCAAUGUACAAGUCACUCAGCUGUAUGUGUGGCCCCUUCCAAAGAUGCCCAGACUUGUACACCAGUUUUUAUAGUGUUUCUUCACUUGGUAUCAGCUAUAAGUAUAACACACUCACAGAGAAUGCUGGAAGAGCUCAGCAGGUCAGGCAGCAUCUGUGGAGGGGAAUAAACAGUCAACGUUUCGGGCCCAGACCCUUCAUCAAGACUCAUUCCUCAUGAAGGGCCUCGGCCUGAAAUGUCGACUGUUUAUUCCCCUCCAUAGAUGCAGCCUGACCUGCUGAGUUUUUUCUAGCAUUUUAUGUUGCACAGUUGCUCAGUAUUUCCAACAUCCGCAGAAUCUCUUGUCCAUUAACUGCAAGUAUACUGUGUAUAUUUACAAUGUAAAUGUAUCCUGUAUUUCUAUUUCACACUUUACUGUUGCCAAGGUUCACUGGUGUAUAAAUUGAAAAAUGAAUAUCAACUAAAGAAAUUUAUACAAAAUCUAUAUAUAGAUAUAUAAAUAUAUACACAUUAACUGUAUAGAUGAGAGUAUUGAUUACCUGUUGAUCCAACUCUGUAUGAGAUUUUGAUUCCAGUUUGUGUGGGAAUUUUCAAAGCUUUUUUUUUCCAUAUUUGUAUUUUUGUAUAUAUGUUUGAAAUUCAAAUCUUUAAUUUGCAUUUUAUG